AUGACGUCAGCUGCCUGUGAUGUAGUCUAUAAUUACAAAAUGACCAGAUACCAGUUACUGAGGUUCCACAAGCACGUUGGUGAUCUGUCUGCUGAGUCCUGGCGGGGAGUUCCUAAAAUUCUUACUGACAGAGAAGGAAGUGAACCGUCCAUUCUCCCUGUCUCUCCCAAUUGUGCCAAAACAGACCAUAGAGAUCAUGACUGGGAAACUAUACCCACGGCAGCCAAUCAAAGGCGAAGGGGUUUGCAGGAAUUUCUGAAGAAGAUCAAGGAAGAGGAUCUGCCUGUGAUUGAUGAGAAGAUGGAGAAGAUUUCCCAGCAGAUCACACAAAAUAAAGAACUGUGUGACUCGGAGAUUAAAAGACUACAGAAGUAUUUUGAUGAGAUAAUAGCUGAGAUGACAAACUUCAAAAAACUUCAGGAAAAAAAAUCUGAGUUAGAGAAGAAGAGGGGGAUCGUUGAUACUAUGGAAUUCAUGGAGGAGAACAACAGCACCAUGUCAGAUUACAGCUUGAUUGACAACCACAGAGAACUGAGGAAAAUGCUGUCAGAAUUGGAGGUUCAUAUGACAAGCUGUGAACAUUCAGUUAGGAUCGCUAGAAACUCACAUAGCAGACAUCUGGUGAGACACAUCACAGUAACAGGUGAUGUCAUCCAUGAGUAUGAGUACCAGGAGGACGGUCAGACCAGACUGUUUACAUUGCCAUAUAGAGUCACACAGAACAAGGACUUCAAUCCAACUGAUGUAGUGUGUGACUCCCUCUGUAACAUCCUUGUUACUGACCCACCUAACAAACAGAUCCAUUUGCUGAGUCCUGAUGGGGAGUUCUUAAAGUUCUUACUGACAGAGAGAGAAGUGAACCUUCCAGUCUCAUUGUCUCUGUACAAGUCGAUCUACACUGUGGGUGGGAUGCAAUGA